GCUCACAUCGAUUCUGUCCACCACCACCUCCACUUCCUCCUCCCCCACAACCGCCUCCUUCCCCUCCCCCAUUGCUCCCUCUCAUCUUCUCCUCCUCGUCCUCCUGAUGAUUUAAUGCCAUUGGAAGCUUCGCCUGUUGGGUGAAGCGAGGCGGAAGGGAGAAGAAGAAGAAGAAGAAGAAGAAGAAGCUGGGAGGAGGGGAGGAGUGGGGGAAGAUGUUUGGCAGCCUGCUCAACUCCAAGUUCUACAACAAAUGCAAGCACGCAUUCAAAUGCAUUCGUACGCGGCUGGCUCUCAUACGGCGGAAGAAGCAGGCGAUGAUUCGAUUCAUGAAGAAGGACAUAGCCGACCUCCUCACCAAUGGCCUCGACACACAUGCAUUUGGACGGAUGGAUGGGCUGAUAAUUGAGAUGAACCAUGCUUCUUGCUAUGAUAUGAUCGAGCAGUUCUGUGAGUACAUUGGUAAACAGCUCAACAGCCUACAGAAACAGGGGGAUUGCCCCCAGGAAACUCGGGAAGCUGUGUCGACUCUAAUUUUUGCUGCUGCUCGGUUUCCAGAUUUGCCAGAACUGUGUGACCUUAGGCAUAUUUUCACAGAGAGAUAUGGACAUUUUCUUGAGCCUUUUGUUAGCCUUGAGUACUUGCAGUUUGUUCAGAAGCUGGACAAUAAAGUGUUCACUAAUGAGGAAAAGAUACAAGCCAUGCAAAGUGUGUCUGAAGAACUAUUGGUUGAUUUUGAUAUCAAAGCAUUUAAGAUCAAACUAUGGGCCACUCCAGAAACCAAACAUGAUUUGCCUGCAAAGGACUCAAAGAAACAGGUAGAACUGGCAGUGCCUUUGUCCAGCAAGAAGGGGGAUGAUGCUGCUCCAUCAGGAAGAAAAUCUGAAGCUGCUACUCUUGGCCACAAGAAUAAAUUGGAAGCGUCCUUAAAACAACAAAAGGAUGUUCAUCCUGUUGCUGAUGGCAUUGACCGGUUACGUGAAAACACCAGGAGACAGCAUGCGGAUAAAUCUGAUGGUAAGGGGCAUGUGGAGAAACCAGUGUCCGAUUCAGAGAUGAAAAGAAGGAACAUUCAAAAAGAAGUUCAGAAAGCUAACAAAAAAGAUGUUCGCCCUUGCGAAAAGGAACUAAUGGAAGCGGUGGAGCUAGACCUCAAUGGCCUGCCUAAGAAGGAAUUUGGUUCAUUGAAAGUUCCUGAAGCAGAAAGCAAGAAGACAUUUGCACUAAAUGUCAAGCCUAAGAAAGACAAUGAUCUUGAGAAGGAGAACGAGAGCAACCUUGGUCACCACCACAGAUCACAUAUUCCUUGUGCUGCUGAUCAUGCAGAUUCAGGUCUCAGAACCCUUGGCCUAGAUAAGCAGGGGCUUCAAUCAGUGAAUCCUUUGAAUGGUAACACUAAAAACAGGAUGCCUCCUUAUUCUAAGCUGGAUGGAUCUACCGGCAAGAAAUGUUCUGAAAAGGAAGAGAACACUGGUUGCUUGAAUGCUAGACCACAUCAUUUAGCAGAUAAGGGGAAUCCAGUGCAAGAUAGACAGCCAGUGCCAGAGAGGGCAGCUUAUGUGCGACCUCCUUACAUCAAACCAAAACUCAACAUGGAAACAGUGAAUGAUGAUCCUGCAGAGCGAGCUGCUAGUGACUACAGCAAACGUGCUAUCCCUGAACAAACAGAUCACCUGUCUGACAAAGAUCCUCUUCGACCUGUUUCUGUUAGAAGUAAAUAUGCCAAGCCACCUGCACCUGCUGCUGUCUAUGAUGAGGCGCCUGCCAAUGAAAAGGUUUCAAGCCGAACACCCAGUAGUCACAGAAGACACACAAGCAGGCAGAAUGCUGUUAAUGAUGGCAGUGCCCGGAGAGAUGGGUCUAGACAACCUCAUGGAGGCAAAGGAAUGGAUGAUGUUAAUGGAGAGAAUGUUCAGAGAACUCCUAGUAGCCGGCCAAGGCACUCAGGCAGGAGAAAUGGAGCUUUGUACACCGAGGACUACGAUGGAUUCAUGCAGCGCCAUAAAUCAGAAGAGGAUGAGGCUGCAAUUGACUUUGGUAAUCUUUUACCCAGAACUGGAAAUGGCCAUAGGAGACACAAAAGCCGCAAUACUGAUGCGCGCAGUGGAGUUGAUGAGGAGGAGAGAAUGAUGGAUAAGCUUCUGAGGCACUACAGCAAGAAAGGUUUAGAUGCGGAAAUCAAUCCAGCUCCAACCAACAAAGCAGAAGAACAAUCUGAGCAAAAGGGCUCCAUGCAUCCUCCAGGAAGAGCAAUCUCACUGCCAGGGGAAUCCGUCUGCCGCGAUGAAGAUGUGAAGUUUCCUGCCCGGUCUACCUCACUGCAGCCGGACUGUCCCAAAACUGUACAUGUGCACCCGAAAAUGCCUGACUUUGAUGAGCUUGCUGCUCGAGUCAGAGCUCUGAGGAAGGCCUGAGGUUGCACUAGAUUGUCCUGAGCCUGUGCACAAGUUCAGAAUUAAGCCGUUCUGACAGUUUCUUCGCUGCAACUUGCAAGUCACUCUACCUUUGUUCUUUCUUGAUAUGUGAUUGGAAUGAUUUGUGCAUGAGUUCUCCUUUUUCUUUUUCUUUUCAAUCUAUAUGUAGGUUUUUCUUGUUAUAUAACAUUUUCUCUGUACCAGGUGUUUGUCUAGAUAGGACACUGGUUGGAGGAUUAGCACGAUACAGUUGAUAGGGGUUUUCAGUUUGUUACUAAAUUCAAUUAACAGGGAUUUACUACAUUGUAACAUUGAAUUGAAUUCAUUGAUUAAUUGAGUGCUCCAGAGAAUUAUAUGCA